CAGAGGUACAGCAGCGGGGAGACAGACUGUCCGGGGUGGAGAAGGGCAGCUUCAUUGCAGAGAGAGGAGAGAGAUCAGAUGCACUGAUUUGCUCUGGACCCAUCUUAUGGAGACAGCGCGUGCACCAGUGCAGAGACACUGGUGAAAACGUAGAGCACGCCUCACAAACUGCCCAUGACUCCUCCCUGUCCUACACACUCUGAGAGGGAAAGUGCAGCCAGGUUUGGGAAUGCACACUCGCACUUAGUGAGAGCUGAGCUGACCAUUAGACUCCUGAGCUAGAGGAAUAUGUAACACAGGAAAAUCACAGAGCCAUUGACAGAGGAUGAGAGUGAGAGAACAGAAUUGCAACACACACACUGAGGAGGAAGACUCAUGCAAAUCCUCCACUCGCUGGCACUCAGAGACACAUCUGCCACAUCUACGCUAUGAGUCAGUCUGGCACACACAAACACACACACUUACGCACAUACUUUCUUCAGGAGUGGAGACUGGCACUUCCUCUUGCUCACACCUGUUUUUCCCCUCACUUGCUACAGUUGCAAAGAGGAGAAGUCCUGCAGUUACCCGUGAGUGUAACCAUGGCCCAGGUGCAGUAUGACGGUUCCAGGGGGAAUCAUCCGAACGUCUCCAAUUCAACAGCCCCCCCUGUGGGACAUGAGCAAAUUCAACUCCUGUUGCACAUCUGCAAGGAAGCAAAGAGAUCUGCUUACUGUCCAUAUAGUCACUUCCCAGUGGGAGCGGCACUACUGACUUGCGAUGGGAAGAUCUUCUCUGGCUGCAAUGUAGAAAAUGCCUGCUACCCCCUGGGGGUAUGUGCUGAACGCACCGCCAUUCAGAAAGCCGUAUCAGAAGGGUACGUGAAUUUCAGAGCCAUGGCCAUUGCUAGCAACACUGAAGAGGACUUUAUCGUGCCCUGUGGGGCCUGCAGACAAGUAAUGAGAGAGUUCAGUAGAGACUGGGACAUUUACAUGACAAAGCCAGAUGGGACCUAUAUAGUCAAGACUCUUCAAGAGCUCCUGCCCCUGUCAUUUGGACCAGAAGAUCUGAAGAAGUUCUGAAGAGAUCUGCAAUGAAAGUAAAGAACCUCUAGACAAUCAUAUGCUUUCUGUCUGCAGGACGAAGAUUUAUUUCAGAUACUUCCCAACUCUGCCUCUUAGGGAAUGUCACUCAACUUCUGUAAGCCUCAGGGAACUCCAGUGCAAAUAAUUUCCAUUUGUACUAGGCCUGGGGAAGGGGUGGCAAGAACCAGAUCUGCCUCAUUGUGAAUCGGCCAAUCCCAAAUGUUCACAAGUUCGGUUUAGCAGACAUGGCAGUAUGAUGUCAUGGUUAGAGCAGGUUGGAAAUUUGUCAACCAUACGUUUUGCAUGGGAAAAUGCCAGUUGAUCGAAACAGUGUGAGCGAGUCACGUGACCACUCUGUGCCUCAGUUUCCUCACCUGGAUAAUGAUGCAUUAACCUUUUUUGCAAAGUGAUUUGAGAUGCUUGGUGAGAAAUGCUUUUAUAGUGCUAAAUACUAUUAUUGCUCACAUUAAUGCAGUUACUCCAGAUUUAUACUGGUUUAACUGAGACUGGCCUAAGAGUCUCAUAUAAGGUCAGAAUGUAAGUUCUAAUACACUAGAGGUUCUGAAACAUAUUACUCAAACACAAUGGGGCACCUUCUCCCCCACAUCUUCCUACCUCAAGUUAUAUGUUGUACACUUCUCUACUAGUGAUUAGAGAACAACCAAACUAAAGAUUCGUUGAGUUCUGGUUGGGAUCCAGAUCUCAUUUUAUGCAAACCUCUAAAGUUCCAAUGGAGGAGAAUUAACACGGAGUUUUAAUUCUGGCCCAUCACUACAGUUGAUCAAAAUUGCACAGAUCAAUAAAUCAUACAAAUCCAGGAAUUCCAUAAUGUAAAAUAGUUAUUUGUAAAGAUAAGAAGAAAAACUAAAUAAGAGAGAAGAGAAACUAAAGGUUUAAUAAAUCCAAAGUAGACUAUCUUGUUCAUAUAUGAAGCAGGUUAUUAUUAAGCAACAGCCUAUAGUAAACUGGGCAAUUUAUUUUACACUGUUUAUUGUAACUUAAUUUUCAACACUUUGUGAACAUCCUCUUCUUAGUUACCCUUAGUUUAUUUUUCUUGAUUUGUGUGUGUGUAUGUGGUGUGAGAGAAUGGAUGGGAAGGAGAAUGUAGUGGUGAGAACCAGACAAUACCCUAGAAGUUCUGUCUCAAGAGUAAUAUGAUGUUAUGACUUUGCUACAUUAGGUACAAUGAAAUGAUCUGAAGUGAACAAAAAUGGGUUAAUUUUUCUAAUCAUGAAGCACUUUUGGUUAUUUACAUGUUAUUGUAAAUGUCCAAACAUAAUAAAUGUGGUCACUAAUUCUA